AUGGAUAUAUACAUCAAUGAGAUGUGGUUAGAUCCGGCAUUAAAUUUUGAAGGUUUUUCAUCCUGUAAAGAGAAUCUGUCAUUGAAGCAUCAGGUAUUAGACAAACUUUGGACACCAAACAGUUGUUUUAUCAAUAGUAAAGUAGCCGAGAUUCAUGAAUCUCCUUUCAGAGUCAAAGGACCAUGCUCAAUGGAUCUAACAAAUUUUCCGAUGGAUGUGCAAAAAUGUAAUCUUGUUUACGAAAGUUUCAACUACAAUAACCAGGAAGUUCGUAUGCGGUGGAAUCCGUUGGUCAAACAAGCUGUCUAUCCAACUGGGCCUAUUGUUCUGCCGGAUUUUAACCUUGUCGGUAUUUCGACAUCCCGUAAAUAUGAGCCAUAUCCUGCCGGAAUGUGGGAUGAACUGCAUGUUACAUUCACUUUUCAGCGACGGUGUAUUUGGUACUUUAUGCAAGGAUAUAUACCUACUUAUUUUACUAUUUUUAUUAGUUGGAUUUCGUUCUCACUUGGACCUAAUGCACUUCCAGCCAGAACAAUGCUUGGUGUCAAUGCUCUACUAGCAAUGAUCUUUCAGUUUGGUAAUGUUAUGCGAAGUCUUCCGCGAGUCUCUUAUGUAAAAGCUAUUGAUGUUUGGAUGUUAGUCUCGAUCACAUUCAUAUUUUGUUCGUUGCUUGAAUUGGCAAUAGUAGGGUAUAAAGUUAAAAAAAAAGAAAAACCAAAAAAACUUCCGAUAAAAACUUGCAAAAAGGAAGAGUUUACUUCACCAGUGCUAAAUCAUCAAGCCAAUUCACCACCGAAUUAUGGUCGACGUUUUAUGGUUCCAGUGAAUGCUAUUGAACUGAAAUGGCAAAAGGCCAGUUGGAAGACGGAACCGUGGACACCGGAUAAGAUUGACUGGAUAUCGAGCAUAGCAUUUCCUACCUGUUUUGCUAUUUUUAAUAUUGUUUACUGGUCAUAUUAUACACAUCUGGCUGCAUAG